AGAGAGAGAACGCAUCCUCUGGGUCUAAAGCUUUUCUGGGUCAUUGAGAAAUGGGCACUGGUUGGAGAAGAGCUUUUUGCACAACAAUCCCUAGAGAUCGAGAAACAAAAGUUGAUGAUAAGCAUCAUGAACAAAGCUUCCAAACUCAAAUCCCAAGCCCAAGUCCGAGCCCCAGAAGCUGUGCCAAGUUUGGCUUUUUAUCAGGUGGUGGAAGCAACCCAUCUACGCCUCGCUUGUCGUCUCAAACUCCGACGACUUUGCGUUGUCGAACCAGCACCGUCGCAGCUGCUCCUACACACCCUGCUAAUGAGACCCUCAUUAGCCCCAAGCUCCAAUGCAAAACCAACACCCCAAAGUCCACAAAGAGUCCUAGGGGACUUCUGGGUUCAAACCCAUCUUCCCCCAGAUCCCCAUUUUCGAUUCUCAAGAACAGCCUUCGUCUUUAUAGAAAUAACUGUGGAGUGUGCUUGCAGAGCGUGAAGACAGGUCAAGGAAUGGCAAUUUACACAGCAGAAUGCUCUCACUCCUUUCACUUCCCCUGCAUAGCUUCACACGUGAGAAAGCAAGGCAACCUUGUCUGCCCAGUCUGCAACUCCACAUGGCGAGACGUUCCUCUGCUUGCCAUUCACAAGCUUAAGCAACAGCAACACCAUCAAGAAGAAGAAGUUGACUCCACCAAAAAAAAACUUGAAGAAACCAAAGAACCACUACAUUCCCCAUCACUUACCAAUCUCAAAACCAAGCAAGAGCCAAAAUUACCCAUCAAACAGCACGAUACGAGGGCUUACGACGACGACGAGCCCUUGCUGUCACCGACCGCCGGUGUUAAGUUCAUUCCAAUCCCAGAAGCAAACGAGAACGAAGCACUCGAAGAUGAGAUCGAAGAGUUUCAAGGGUUCUUUGUCAAUCCCAUUUCAAGUGACGAACCCGUAAACAACACCAGAGAUUUGAGAAAUGUAGAAGCGAAAUUGAUGCCAGAGGCUGCUAUCGUUUCAACGAAUCGAACCCAUGAGACCUACACCGUCGUUUUGAAGGUAAAAGCACCCCCACCGCAACCACCACCGCCGGCGCACAAUAGCAACACCGCCAAUUUUCUGGACCCGACGCGCCGUGCUCCCAUUGAUUUGGUGACGGUGCUUGAUGUGAGUGGUGCCAUGGGUGGAGCCAAGCUUCAUAUGCUCAAGCGAGCCAUGCGCCUGGUUAUUUCAUCACUCGGCUCGGCUGACCGGCUCUCAAUCGUAGCCUUCUCGGCUAGUCCUAAGCGGCUCUUGCCUUUAAGAAGAAUGACGCCCCACGGUCAACGGUCUGCUCUACGGCUUAUUGACCGGCUUACAUGUAGUCAAGGGAAUAGCGUUGGUGAUGCUCUAAGAAAAGCCACUAAAGUACUUGAAGAUCGAAGAGAGAGAAACCCAGUUGCCAGCAUCAUUCUCUUAUCCGGCGGUCAAGAUGAGAGGGAGGUGCACUCAGAUAACAUAAAUCAACGUCAAAGAUCAACCCAUGUGUCAUCCACUCGAUUCGCUCACAUCGAAAUUCCGGUACAUACGGCUGGCUAUAGCUAUGAGCCGGCCGAGGAUGCUUUUGCUAAAUGCGUUGGUGGGUUACUGAGCGUGGUGGUUCAAGAUUUACGUAUUCAGCUGGGUUUUUCCUCUGGCUCAGACCCAGCUGAAAUCGCAGCCGUUUAUUCUUGCAAUGGACGGCCCACAGUGCUCGGCUCAGAUAGUGUUCGGCUUGGUGACCUCUACGCCGAGGAGGAAAGAGAAUUACUGGUGGAAUUGAAGGUCCCCACGUCGAUUAUUGGGUCCCACCACGUGUUGUCCGUUAAAUGCUCCUAUAGAGACCCAGCGACCCAAGAGUUAAUCUACAGUAGAGAACAGGCCUUGCCUGUCCCGAAGCCACAAGCCGUUAGAUCUUCAAUGCCUAAUAUCGAACGGCUGAGAAAUCUCUUCAUCACUACGCGAGCAAUAGCCGAGUCUCGGCGAUUAAUUGAGCACAAUGAGUUUUCUAGUGCGCAUCAUUUGUUGUCCUCGACUAGAGCUUUGUUGAUUCAGUCUAGCUCGAUAUCGGCUAAUGACUACAUUCGCGGCUUGGAAGCCGAGCUGGAAGAGCUGCAAUGGAGGAGACAAUAUCAACAGCAGAUAGAGCAGCAACAGAUGAUCCAACGGCGGAGAGUGAAUGAUAGAGAAGUGGGUGUGUUUCUUGAUGAGAAUGGAGAGCCGCUUACACCGACUUCGGCUUGGAGAGCAGCUGAGAAGCUGGCUAAGGUGGCGAUGACAAAGAAGUCGUUGAAUAGAGUCGGCGAUUUGCACGGCUUUGAGAAUGCUAGAUUCUAAUAAACUAGUAAUUUUCUUCCGCAUGAUGUUUAGAUCAUAGUUGGGUAAUGGGCGGAGAGAGUGGCCCACAGGGCCCAAUGGGUAGAAUAGCCACAAGAGAUACCUGACGGGCCCGGCCCUUUCUGCAGA